UGAAACUUGCGAUAUAAAAAGCUAUAACAUAAUUUUGAAAACUUAGUUGCGUCUAAGAUUAUGCAAUAGCGAACAACUUCAGUGCCUUCAGCACUUUGAUUCAUUGUGUGAUAGGCACUUGCCCGUUUGAAAACAACUUCUGAGAGCUUAUCUGAAUCCCUGAUGAGAAGCCAAUUAACUCAAUCUUGCCAAGUGGGACUACUUCUUGGUGCUUGUAAACACUUGUAUCUGGUCAGGCCUUAAGUUACAUGGCCUAGUGGGGAUAUUGUAACAUAAACAAUUACCGGUAACUGAUUUAAGACUUCUCUAUGACUUGACUGGACAUUUUGUGCUCCCAAAAUGAGAGGGUUUAGAACUGUGCUCCUUACUUUAUUUGUGUUUUCUCCAACAUACAGCAGAAAGGCUGAUCGCCAUAGCCAGCGUGGUCGUUCCACAGAAGGGUAUCAAGCCCCACAUUCUGGUCAGAGAAUCAGACUGGGGGGCACCAGAAAUAGUAAUGUCAGUGCUGGAAAUGUGGAAGUGUUCCUGCGUAACAGAUGGGGCAUCAUCUGUGAUGACAAGUGGGAUAUAGCAGAUGCCAAUGUUGUCUGCAGACAGCUUGGAUUUAGGGCUGGUGCUGUUAGACCUACGGUAUCUGCAGAGUUUGGUGUAGGAGAAUGGGAAUCCACAGACAUACUGUUGGAUGAUGUUUCUUGCGUGGGGAAUGAGGGCAAUGUUUUAGCCUGUACCUACCUGGACCAAAGCAACUGUCUAAGUAACGAGGCUGCUGGUGUCGUCUGCAAGCAAAACACUGGAUGUCCUGAUGGCUGGCUAGCAGGACCUUCCAGCUGCUACUUACUGUCUGAUGUUACAACUACACAACAAAAGUUUGCUGAAAACAAUUGCUCUGCCAUCGGCGGCCAUCUUGUAAAAAUUGAAAAUGAGGCUGAGAACCACUUCCUGUCUGUAGCAUUUGCAAAUAGUUCAGCAGAGCCCAUUAUUACUGCUGGCAUUAAGGAACGUUAUGGUUGGGUGUGGAAGACAGUGGAGAUGUCCCAGACAUCAUCAAGACAAAAAAGACAUAGACGUGCGAGGCCCUCGCAGAACAGGAGAGCGGCAACCAGUCGCAGCACCUUUACUUCCAAUCAGAGGAUAUCGUCUGUAUCCAUUCACUAUGCUAAAUGGUUUCCAGGGUGGUUGCCUGGCAAUAAGAACUCGGAGCCAAGCGGACUUAAUCACGAGAAGUGCCUAUACCUGAUGUCAUCGUUUCCGCCCCCAGACAAGUCUCAAGGAGUAGUGGAUGUAGGGUACAUGUUUUGGGCAGACGACAGUUGCGUGCGCACGCCGAGGCUCAUGAAAAAUGGCUUCCGGUACCUGUGUGAAAGACCCAGUGAAGAGACGAUGGAGGAACCAGAUAAACGUGGGACCCACGGGGAGAAUGGGGAGAAUGAUGGUUUGUGGCUCGUAUUGGACUUGAUUGUAACAGGACUUGAGGAUGGAGCAUUUUGCCGUAAUCCUGAUGCAGACACUCGACCGUGGUGUUAUGUGAACACACAGGGAGGCUUUGGCUUUUGUCCAGUUCCUGAAUGUGAUUCUGAAACAGAUGUUGCCAUAACAACCACAGUAGCACCAUCUUCCACCACCACAGAGGCUCCAGAGUGCACAGACAAUAAAUUUUACUGCUCCAUCGAUGCUAAAUGUAUCAGUUCUCAGUGGCACUGUGACUAUGAGGCUGAUUGCACGGGCAGCCAGGACGAGAAGGGAUGUGAGUAUGUCAUUAGCCAGUUUGCAAAGAAAGAUCACAGGACUCUACACCAGGCCUAUGUCAAAGAGGAGUUUGUGGGAAUUACGAACGAAACAUGUGCCAAGUUCUGCAUAGGAAGACUUGGCUAUGUGUGUCGUGUGUUCUCCUACCAUCCAGCAGAGCGGAAAUGCAAGCUGUCUGACGUUGUAGAGAGGGGUGGUCAGAAGAUAUAUGACUUCUCUUUCAAGCACUAUGUGUAUGUGCUCACAUCUCAGAUAGGUAACUGUGAGGGAGGUUUCACGUGUGACAAUGGUCGCUGUGUAGCCCGGCGCCAUGUUUGUGACCAGUCAGACAACUGUGGGGACUUGAGUGAUGAAAAAGAUUGUGGCCAGGCUAGCAAUGUAGAGGUUAGACUGGCAGAUGGAGACGAGGAUUCAGGGAGGGUGGAGAUCAAGUACCUGGGAGAGUGGGGGGUCAUCUGUGAUGACAACUGGGACAGUUCUGAUGCCUCUGUCAUAUGUCAAAUGCUUGGAUAUAAAGGGUUUUCAGCGCAGGCAGUCAGUGGGUCAAGGUUUGGUUCAGGGAACGGGAAGUUCCUGCUAGAUGAAGUGAACUGCACUGGCACAGAGAAGUCCAUUGUUGACUGUAUUCAUACAGGCUGGAAGGUGCAUAACUGUCGUCUCCAUGAAGUGGCAGGCGUCAGCUGUCUGCAGAAGAAAGCUUGCAGUUCUGAGCAGUACACAUGCCCAGAAGGGAGCUGCAUCAGUGCCAGUGCUGUUUGUGAUGGUUCUUGCAACUGCAUGGCAGGCUGUGAGGAUGAACGGGGCAACGGGGAACAUAGCUGUGAAACUGGUUCCAUAGAUCUAGUGAAUGGUACCCAGCAUUCUGUGAGUGCUGGACGUGUAGAGAUUACUAGGAAUGGACUCACGGGAACCAUCUGUGAUGAUUCAUGGGAUGACAAUGAUGCAAUUGUUGUCUGCAAAAUGAAGGGCUUUAAGUUUGGAGAAGCCGUUACCGGGGGUUACUUCAGUCCUGGUACGGGACCCAUCUGGCUCGACGAUGUUGAAUGUACGGGGGAGGAGACCAAACUGUCUGACUGUCGGUCUAGCAGCUGGGGAGUGUCCAACUGUGGCCAUGCGGAGGACGCUGGGGUCAUCUGCAGCAACGACCUGCCACCUCUCCCUGAUCUGCCCACUGAAUCUCCUCACAUCGCCCCAACAUUGGAACUUGUCGAUGGGCAUGAUGAGCAUAGUGGUCGUGUAGAGAUGGUGGUCAAUAACCAGCAGGGUACCAUCUGUGAUGACCAGUGGGACGAUAACGAUGCCGCUGUCGUCUGCAGAAUGCUCGGAUACAAGAAAGGCACAGCAAAGGUUAACGGUCACUUCGGUUCGGGCAGUUCAAAGCUGAGCAUCCUUCUUGAUGACGUAGAUUGUGUCGGCACCGAGGCAUCCAUCUUGGACUGCCGCCACAGUGGACUGGGUGUCCAUAAUUGCGGCCACGGCGAGGAUGCAGGUGUGAUCUGCAGUAAUGAGCAGGCAGCUACAAACUCAAGCGGCUCUGAAACAAAUUUUAGAUGCGGACUUCGACCAAUGGAACAUAGAUCAAGAAAGAAGCGAGAGGAACCAGAAGGUCUGAAGGAGUUGGCACCUCCACCAAAGUUUGAAGCGAUCAUAGGUGGCUUCACUGCAUCUAAGGGCAUGUACCCAUGGCAGGUCGGCGUCCAUAAACUGGAGGCAGGAGGCGUCUUCAGUCACUGGUGUGGAGGGACCAUUCUUAGUGAACACUGGAUCCUCAGUGCUGCCCACUGCUUUGAGGAUCUUACAAAGGGCCACAUACUUGUGCGAACUGGUGAUCAUGACACCAAGAAACAAGACGUGUUUGAGCAGGAAUUUGAGCUGGAGCACAUGAUACCUCAUCCCAGAUAUGACUCGGACAACUUUGACUAUGACCUUGCACUGCUGAAGGUGAAACGGAAGAAUGGAUCUGGCAUAAAGUUCAGCGAUGAGGUACAGGCAGCGUGUCUCCCUGAUGACAGCAUGCGCUAUGUGCCAGGGGUGAAGUGUCACAUCUCCGGCUGGGGGAAAACAGAGUUUGGAUACCAGAAUCUGCUAAAGUCUGCUUCAGUGCCAAUAAUAAGUGACGUGACUUGUCAGCGUUUGUACAAAACACUGACGCCCAACAUGGUGUGUGCUGGGUACCUUGAAGGCGGUAUAGACUCGUGCGCGGGAGACUCGGGCGGCCCACUGGUCUGUGAGGUGGACAGAAAAUACUAUGUGAUGGGUGCAACAUCGUUUGGCGCGGGCUGUGCCGAGCCCAAUGCCCCAGGCGUGUAUGCCCGUGUGACAGCCUUCCUGCCGUGGAUCAGAAAUACCAUGCAGAGAUUUGCAUAGACAAAACUGCAUAGUAUUAGUGUUGAAAAUAGUGACAAAUUAUUCAGAAAUUAAAAACGUUAAAUACUAUGGGUGAUGCGUACAAAUGUUUGGAACAUAUAAAGAAAUUUCUCUUAAAAUGUACAGGCCUUGAUCAAAACAUUGUUUUGUUUAAUAAACAAUGAUGCUGUA